AUGACAACACAUAAUUAUAAUGCAAAUAACAAAGCAGAUAACAAAGCAGAUAAUGAAGCAGAUAACGAAGCAAGUAACGAAGCAAGUAACGAAGCAAAUAAUAUCUUUAAAAGAUUGCUACAAGUAGUUUCAGAAGUAAGUACUCAUCAAUCACUUAUAUAUGUUGGGAAUUUAAAAAGAUCAAAGAGACGUCAAAGACAAAUACAACGGGAGGCUGUAGUCAGAACAUCUAAAUUAGAAUCAUUUUGA